CCCUAUAUCAGCCGUGCCCGCGGGGCAGCGCCGGCAGAGUGACCGUGACAGCCCCCGGCCCCUCGCCCACCCGCUCCAGCCAUGGAUGACAUUUAUAAGGCAGCGGUUGAGCAGCUGACAGAAGAGCAAAAAAAUGAGUUCAAGGCUGCCUUUGACAUCUUCGUGCUGGGGGCAGAGGAUGGAUGCAUCAGCACCAAGGAGCUGGGGAAGGUGAUGAGGAUGCUGGGGCAGAACCCCACCCCUGAGGAGCUGCAGGAGAUGAUAGAUGAGGUGGAUGAAGAUGGCAGUGGCACUGUGGACUUCGAUGAGUUCCUGGUUAUGAUGGUCCGGUGUAUGAAAGAUGACAGCAAAGGGAAAACCGAAGAGGAGCUCUCAGACCUCUUCAGGAUGUUUGAUAAAAAUGCUGAUGGUUACAUCGACCUCGAGGAGCUGAAGAUCAUGCUGCAGGCGACAGGAGAGACCAUCACUGAGGAUGACAUAGAAGAACUGAUGAAAGAUGGGGACAAAAACAACGAUGGCAGGAUUGACUAUGAUGAGUUCCUGGAGUUUAUGAAGGGGGUUGAAUAAAUCUGAGGCCUGAUGGACAGCUUGAAUCUCCUAAACCCUCCAGCUCUGCAUCUCAUCUCCUUGACUAAGUCCCCUGGCUA